AUGACCUCGGAGCUCCUGGGAACCCUGGGCUCGCGGCGCUCCACGGUGGAUCGGUGUGGUCAGACCUGGGAGUCCCAGCCCAAGGAGUCCGAAGCUGAUGCCGUGUGCCUCCCUGGAGUCAAGUUUGGCGUCGCCCCGAGCGUGGCGGACUGGCUGAGGCGGAAAGCCGAAGAGAUGCCAGAGGAAGACCUAGCCAAAGAAGAGCUUCUGGAGGCGCUGCGAAAGGCCCUGGACGUGCGCGGUGACGGGCCUUUGCGUGCAGCGCCACUGUGCGAUGAGCUGAAGCAGCUUCGCGACGUGUCGUUGCGCCUCGCGGAGCUGCAGCACGAGAUGCUGGCGCAGCGAGACAGCCUGGGAGCGCAGCGCGAGGAGCUUGCUCGCCGUGAGGCCGAGCUCAAGGUGCAGCAGUUAGAGCUCGAGAAACAGCGAUGGCAAGCUUCUGACGACAUCUCGGGGAGUCAUCCCAUUCCAAGUUGGCUGGAAAGAAAUUCUGAUGGCACCAUGAAUGUGGCCGUCGUUGGCAAUUCGGGGGUGGGGAAGUCUCUUCUAAUCAACAAGAUGCGGCGGAUAAGACCUGGCGUCCCAGACUGGGCACCCACAGGGGUCAAGGAGACAACUCUACGUCCUACGGCCUAUUCCUUCCCACAGCUCGAGAAGGUUCGGUUGUGGGAUCUUCCGGGUGCCGGGACGCCCGGCUUCCCGAAGGACAGCUACAUCCGUGACAUGGGCCUUCGCUACUUUGACUCUGUCCUGAUUGUCACGGCGGGACGCUUUACCUCCAUAGACGAGGCGUUGCGUGCGGAGCUCGAGGCAUGCGGUGUGCCAUACUUCAUGGUCAGGACCAAGAUCGAUCUCGAUGUUUGGAACAACAAAGAGGACAACCAAAUCGACGAGGAAUCGACAAUCGAGAGCAUCCGCCAAGAGCUCUAUAGACUUCAUGGAGUGGAUCACCUGUACCUGGUAUCAUCCAGAGAUCCAGACCGCUACGACAUGCCGGCCCUCCUGGCAGAUGCAUUUCCUGGCGUGAGGGCGCACCUCGAAGCCACCAGUUUCCUUUUCACAGGCGGAAAGGGAGAGUUUGGAGACUCAUGGUCAAUGCCUGUUAUCUGGUCAUCCACCGUCGCAGGUGUCCAGGGACAGUGGCAGGAUGCCUUAGAGAAUCUGCUGUACAUAGUUGAUGGCACGGACGUGCACAUUACCCGUGACGACGGCCAGACAGCCAUCAUCCAGCUGGCGGAGAGAGAUGACAAGGUCUGGCUUCAAGACCGCUGGUACAUCGAUCUGGGGUCUGUGGGUAAGGCUCGCGAGUCUUCGGAGCUCCGUUGGACACCGAGAGACCUGACUGACAAGCCGCGAGUUUGGCGCUGGUGUGGAUGA